UGUUCCAGCCAAGAGAGUGGUCAGAAAAAUUGGGCUCGCUGGGCGAUGGCAAAUUACGCCAUCAACGUGCGUGCAUAUGGCUGCCGUGGUGCUGAACAGAGCGAGUGCUAUUAUCUCAGGUGCGCGAACACCCCAGGCAAACCAUCGAAAGUGAUAGCGAGCGCGCUUGUUGGGUGCGUUAGGUGAGAUAACGUCAACGCGGGAUGUAACGAGAACGUUUGUGUGAUUUGAUAAAAGUGCGUCCAUUGCGAACAAGGGCUGGGCCGCUUGGGGCCUGCUGAAAAUCGAUGAAACCUGCGGGGCGCUACCUGCCCGAGAGGUGCUUCAGCCCUUACUCCACACAUCAUCAGCUGGUUAGACACCGACGGCAUUACUCAUCGAAGACGGCCGUUCAGGUUGAAGACUGGAAGUGAUUAAGUGCAACACUAGACGACGACCACAACGACGACGACAUCGACGACGACGAAGAACGGCGGCGUGACUCAUCGCGUGUGCGUUAAUGACAACGACAUUAACAGCUGAUCCCUCUGUAUUAACUGGCGCGAUAGUGCGUUUACGGUGUGUGUCUGGCCACUAAUUGAGAAGCCCAAUUUGACCUGGGUUUGGCAGCAAACGAGAAGAAAAACCACGAGUGAGAGUGAACGAGAACGAGUGAGAACGAGAUAGUCUGACGUAGGGCGUAGAAAACCGGAACGUGCGAGCUGGUGGCCGAUGAGUCCGAUGUGCACCGUCCGUGCCCGCGGUUCCCUUCUGUCAGUGUCAGUACGAUCGAUGUGCCGGGCACCGGUGGCGGAAGUAUGGUGCGAUUAUCGUCGCUAGUGGUAGGGAUGGAGUGCCUGUAUCGACGCCAUCGAACCGUGCGGUCACCGGAAACAUUGCUACAGCGGACUACUCUGAUCGCGAUAGUAAGUGUCGCGUGUGUUGCAGCGGCGGUACUACCGAUCGUGACCGGUCAGUACUACACAACCCGUGAUCCUCGGUGGUAUUCGCGGGAAGGUGACUUCAACUACAAGGUUCCGAAUCCCGGUGAACCGAAUUAUCGAACGUACACCUUCAACAACCGACGGUACGGGUUCUACCAACCGAACGGUUACGGUCAGCAGUACCCGGGACAGAACCAACCCGGCCAGUACCCGGACAACACAGGCCUCGGUGACGAUCGCUUCAAAUAUGAUCCGAACAAUCCCACACUCAUCCAGACACCGUUCCCGGGUGUACUCGGUGGUUGGCGUGAGGAUCUCCAGGGUAAGCUGCGUCGUGAUUCGAUGCAGCUCGAGCGCGAUGUGUUCGUGACGACUAACUACGGGCAGGUGCAAGGUUUCAUCACCUACCUGUACGACGAUCCUAACCCCCGGAACCUAUACCGUCCGUGGCACAGUACCGUCGAUCGGAUUAUGGGCAAGUGCUCGACGUUCCUGGGUAUUCCCUACGCACUCCCGCCGACUCACGAGGGCCGGUUUAAACCACCGAGACAGCAUCGUGGCUGGCAGCUGGUGCAAGCCGUCGACUAUGGUCCAGCCUGUCCGCAACCGGUCAAGUAUACCGGCGCGACCAAGGGAAUCCGUGAUAUGGACGAAGAUUGUCUGUACCUCAACAUCUUCUCACCCAAUACACAAGCAGGAGUCGCACAACGGUAUCCGGUGAUGAUCUACAUUCACGGUGGUGAGUUUGUCCGCGGGGCAUCCAAUACUUUCCCGGCCCAUAUGCUGGCUGCCUUCUACGACGUGGUGGUGGUCACGUUCAACUAUCGGCUCGGAGCACUUGGUUUCCUCUCGACCGGCGAUGAGAACUCGCCCGGAAACUACGGUAUCCUCGAUCAGGUCAUGGCCAUACGGUGGGUAUACGAAAACAUCGAGGCUUUUAACGGUGACCGCAACUCGAUCACACUGUUCGGUCCUGGAGCGGGUGGUGCUUCAGCCGGUCUGCUGAUGGUUGCACCGCAAACCCGGGACAUCGUGACGCGUGUCAUCGGCCAGUCCGGAUCGGCACUAGCUGACUGGGCACUGAUCGAGGACAAGUGGCGGGCACAGAACACAAGCCGUGUCUUCGGGCAGAUGGUCGGUUGCUCCAUCGAUACGUCCUGGAAGCUGGUGAACUGUAUGCGCAAUGGACGCAGCUUCUACGAGCUCGGUAAUGCCGAGUUUGCACCCCACGUAGGUCUGUUCCCUUGGGGUCCCGUGCUGGAGAACAAUUUCACCUUCCCGGGUGAUAAUUGGUAUGAAGGGUGGAGUGAGCGUGAUUGGCACUUUCUGUCGGAGACACCGGAGUCGCUUAUCCGGCGGCGACAGUAUAACCGUGGGCUACACUACAUGAGCGGCGUAACGCUGCAGGAAGCGGCCUUUGUCGUGUCGGGGAAUGAAACUCUCGCACCACGGUUUGAGGUCGAUGAGCGGUUCUUCGAUCAGAAGGUCCGGGAGCUGGUACUGCGCUACAACUAUACGCUCAAUCUGAACGGUACGUACGAAGCGAUCAAGUACAUGUACACCUAUUGGCCUGAUCCGAAGAACACCACCUUCAUCCGGGAGCAGUACAUCCACCUUCUUUCGGACUUUCUCUAUCGGGCACCGACGGACAAGCUGGUGAAGCUGCUGGUCGAGCGGAAUGUUCCAGUCUACAGCUACGUCAUGAACACGACGAUCGAGGGUCUCAAGUUGCCGGAAUGGCGCAAAGUACCGCACGACAUCGAGCACUACCUGCUGACCGGAGCACCCUUCAUGGAUGUCGAGUUUUUCCCCCGACGGGCACGGCUUGAUCGUUUGAUGUGGACCGACAACGAUCGCAACAUGAGUCACUUCUUUAUGAAAACCUAUUCCGACUUUGCACGCCACGGCAAUCCAACGCCAUCGCAGGUGCUGGGACUGUACUUCGAGAAGGCGCGCAACGGUGAGCUGAAGUACCUCAACCUGAACACGACCUACAAUUCGUCCAUUAUGAUGAACUUCCGGCAGACGGAAAGUGCCUUCUGGACGCAGUACAUACCGACGGUCGUAGGAGUGAUGAUACCGACCUAUCCUCCAACCACGGAGUUCUGGUGGGAGCCCAAGGAACCGUUACAGAUAGCGUUCUGGAGUUUGGCAGCCGCGUGUCUCAUCCUGAUGGUGCUCGUCGUGAUAUGCUGUAUCAUGUGGCGCAAUGCAAAGCGAAAAUCUGAUCAACUGUACGAUGAGGCUGCCUUCGGGAUGGACAAUCCCGAAUCGGAGCGCGAUACGAUCAUGGAGAAUAGUAUGCUGCAAGGGCAACCGCUGCAGCGUAAUCAGCGGGACAACAUCUACGAGUACCGCGAUUCUCCCUCAAAGUAUAGCAAAAUGCAACAGCAGCCACCGGACGCCAGCUCGAUCCGAUCGCCGAGCAGCCUCGGAAUGACGCAGAUCACCGGCAAGAGCGGUAUCACGGGCAGCCAAAGCUCGCUGCGCAGUGCCAUCUCGAUGAAGGAGUCCAUCUCGAUCUCACCGAUGCCCAAGGAGUCCAAUUUCGACCGGAACCUUAAGUACGCCGAAGACGGCAUCCAGAAAAAUGGCAAGUUUCCGAUUCGUACCGAUUCGAAGAACCUGCUAGCGUCCAAUGAGACCAGCAAAUCGCAGCGUGAUCUUGUCAGUGGUGGUACGAUCGGGUCUUCUGCUCCUGCCAGCAGCAUUAGCGGUUCGAAUCGGUCACACCAACCGACACCGGUUCCACUGGCGCGUGGUGGAAGCAAGAGCAAUAACGCUAGCAAAACGAACCUCAUCGAGGGCAUUCCACAGACGGAAGUUUAGCUUUGGUGUUAUUCUAUGUGCGUGAUCAUUCGCGUUCAAUCUGCUUGAACGAACGAACGAUCGAUCGAUCAUUAGUGUAAGGAUCUUCUUGUGCCCUUGCACAAGAUCGCUACCACUACAACCCCAAUCACAUACUUUUACAUAAGCGUACAAAGCUGAGUCCGUCCGUUGUCGGACAGCCCCACGAUGGAGGUUGAUUUUAAUGACCACCACCUCGAAGGCACUGCCAUACGGACGGUCGGUAGAUACGUAGUUUAAUGUCUUGUUUAAACGUUUUAACCCAUCGGCAGCCGUACUAUAGCCGUAAGAGCCCUGUGCUAGUUUAGAAUCGCUAGGAUAAAAUGAAAGGUAGGUGUGUCAGCAGCGCAAUCGCUGCAACACCUCCUUCACACCAAGACCACCAUCAUCAUCACCGUAGUGUAGUGCCGGGAAUUAAAUCUACAAUAGAUUGUGACCGCUGUCCCGCGUAAGAAAGCGUAACGUAAUCGAGCACAAAGUGCCUUUUGUAGAGCCUUAGUAAUAGUAAUAGUAGCGUAGUAGCGCUAGUAGUGCUAGUGUUGAGUGUUUCAUCGUUUUACGUGUUAUCAUCUGUACAUACCACGAUCGUAUCACGUGUCCUGUUGUCUGUGUCAGUGUAUCCGUCCAAACUUUGUGUUUAGUAUUUUGUCACGCGCGUCACAAACCGAGUCGACCAUUCGUCCAUGCCACUCUGUGUUGUUCGUGUUCGUGUUUGUAGCCAUGUAAGGAUAGCUAAUAGCCUCACGUGCUCCUAAGCUUAAGCUUAAGCUCUAAUCUAUUUUAAAAAUCCCUCUCUUGAUCCUCUCUUGCCGAUCAGUUCGAUUGUCGAGCAGCAUCGAGAUACUUUUAUGAUUUUUUGGGCCAAACUGUGCAAAUAUUACCGUACUCGGAAUCACGGCAGACGCACGGGGCCAUCGCGAGGAUGACCGGGUUGCGAUCGCACACUUUCUCUGUGCGUCGCGUCACCUUCUCCUCCGUCAACCCACUGUACCGUCUGCUGUCUGCUAUUCCUACUGCUACUUAUUACUACUUCGUUAAGGUUAGUUUCUAUUCCGUUCUUCGAAACUUUUUAUCCCCGUACAGUGGUCUAAAAAAGACGAGCUUUAGCUUCUUAGAAGACACUUUCUAACGUUUUUUAAUGUCCUGUCCGUUCCCGGCAUGAGGUACCUCCUAAAGGAAAUGAUUGUACAUAUAAUUUCAUUUCAACGUCAAAAAUUACCACUUAAGUAUUACGCGAUUAGUACAAUCCUGGGGCAUCCCACGAACAUUUGGAAAUGAGCAUUUUAAAGUAGAUUUUACCCCAGCUUCUUCGUAGAUACGAACGUAAUGGAGAAAAAAAAAGUGAAACGAAUAAAGAGUUAUUUUAAACAAA